CCUUCGGUGAGGUCGGUUCCGCCUUUUUUCGAUCCGUGCAUGGUUCGUGGGGUUCGGUUUUUCCGGUGGAGGAUUUUUUUUCCUCGCUGUAUUAGCACCCAUUUUCCUGGGGUUGAAAAACGCCUGGUUUUGGGACGGGUCAGGCGUCUCCUUUUUCCUAGUCCUCCGAUAUUGUGUUUCCCAAGUGUGUUGUGUUGUUCAUUCUAACAAAAUAGAAGGAUGAAGGCGACGAUUGGGAUUUGAAGUUUUAUGACGGCGACGGGUGGAGUUUUAGUGCAAUUGGAACCCCAUUAUAUUAGACCAACUGUCCAACCCGAGUACCCGAUAGUGAGCUCUCGAAGAAUUCAGGUUAUUCGUGGGGCUGGGAGUGAGUUUAAUUUUCCUGAAUGAAUCUCUGCAUCCCCCUGGAAGGUGUCCAGAAUAAGUUUUUUUCUCCCCAUCUAGGCUUCUGCCCUAUGGGAGCAUAAAAGUUGAGUCAUUUAGCUUUUUCAACGCCCACAAACCGAAUGUUGGAUUCAAAAAACGAGGACUACGAUGGCCUGGAUAGUUGGCAUUCUACCGAGUGGGGAGAAAAGUCCCGCUGCAAUCGGAAUGAAGUGAGCAUUUUUCACCAAAUGUUUCCGUCGAUUUAGGGUGGGGACUUUGAAUGUGCGUGGUUUAUGAAAAAUGCACCAAUGGAUACCUGCGUUCUUUAAGCGUGAUAAAAAAAAAAGUGAAGCUAGUAUCUUCAGUAACCGAAAAUCCGUAUCAAAUCCAAAGAAGAUCAAGACAUUGUGAAGAAGCAACUACACCAAACCAAACCAAAAAGUGGGCGGAAAACCGCGUUGGAAUGGAAAACUACAACCGCAGUGUUUUUGGGUGCCCCAAAUCAGAAAACCAUCACUCUCUUCUUCUCGUUGUUGUGUUCAAUCCGAGACGAAAGUGUACGCUAAUUGAUAGAUUAUGCUGCUCCACGUCCUACAGCUUGAGAGCAUUCCCUUAGAAGAAUCUACUAGAGAGGAUUAUCACUACGGAACGGGUGGCCAAAUAACCGGGGAAGGCUUUCUUUCUUUAUUUUUCGUGUCGAUGAAAAAAUAAUGAAAAUACAAGAGAGUGAUGAACUCGCCUUUCGAAAAAAGGAAAGGAAAACAGCAGUGAGAUGCUUGGGAAGCGCGUUAUUACAAACUUGGCCGAUGGGGUUGUUGGCUUAGUAGCAGAAGCGGCAGCAAAAGAAGCGAAAAGUUAAGAGGAAGGUGAAUGUUCGUGGUGGGAGGGUAUUCGUUGGAUCAUGUCAGAAACGGCAAAAACAGUAAAAGCAGCAGGACCAGCUUCAGCGCAGAGUGUAGUGCAGUGUGCGUAGAAAAUCUCAUUCAAAAAGGGAAAAUCCAAAACGCUGCUACUGAAGCUACACGAAGGAACAGGAGGAGACAGAGAUGCCAGUACAAUAUUUGGUUGGAACUUAAAAAUCAGGAUAACAUUUCGUUCAGAUUCUGGCCCAGAAGCAAACCAAACGGCUGGUGCUGCAGCAGCUUUUCUUCUCCGGAGAUAGUCCCAUUUUGAUGAAAGCAUAAACCAGGAAACGCCUAGCAACGUGGCGGCAAUUGAGAAAUUGCUACCGGAACGCGCGCGCCUUUGCGCCACCAACAACCGGUAGAAGCGAUAAAAAUCAACCUCGGAUCUCUGGGCUUUCCUUUCUGGGGUUAGUUGACGGGCUAGGAGCAGAAAAAAAAGAAUUGAUAUAAUAUAAGAACGCCAAAUCUGCAAACAUUCCUCGCAAAACCCAAAAGCAGUCGGCAUCGGAAUUGGUGGUGGGAAAAUAAAAGAAAAAUGGGAGGCGGCCCAGGCCCAGUAAAGUAAAUCGAAAAAGAUAUAAAAUUUCAUCGCUUUCGCCGCCCGCCUAGGAUUAGUGAGUGUUUGAAAUGAAAAAGAUUUAUUCGAUCCCCCUGCCAACAUCGUAGUGUGAGGAAAAGCCGGUGAAAAGUUGUGUUCGGUCGUUUAGUGCGGGAAAAGUGCGGGAAGAAAACAAAAGAGCUCCGCUAAGGUUUCUUUCCAUUGCCAUUCGGCGUAAUAUAGCUCUGUGAGUAAGCAAGAGAGGCGGCGCUCUUAAGGUGUGCAACUGGGAGGGCGCUUAGAAGGGCGGAAGAAGGGCCGUAGAAGGGCGGCACAAGUUUCCUCUUGUAAAUCGAGUGUUUGAAAAGUGUUUGCAGAAAAUGAGCAAUUCAAAUGAGGGAUAAGUACCUCUUUGGGAAAAACGACGACGAUGGCGAUGAAGACGACGUCCAAGAUGAGUGAAAUAUUUCCAUUCGUUCAUCCGUAAUAAUACUUGGCUAUCACUCCACGACCACGAUUAGGGGAUAGAUAUUGGCCCCUGCGGCAGGUGAAUUCCGGACUAAGUUCUUCUGUGCCGUCACGGCCACGUCACAAGGAUUACCUACCGCUCUCUGCGAUGGCCGAUUUACAGGCAACGGUUGAAUUCGCCGUGGAGUUGUACAAGUUUUACAAUGUGGAUCUGUUUCAGCGCGGAUUGUACCAAGUGCGAUGCUCGCUGCGAGUUUCACCUCGGCUGCCAGUUCAGGUGGAAACCUGUCUGCCGGAUGCAUCAACGACCACCGGAGUGCCUUCGGCUGCGGCUUCCGGUUGUUCCGGUGGUGGUGGCUCUUCCGGUCUAGGGACCAGCUUAGCGGGAGCCAACAGUGCCAGCAGCAGCUCAGUGGCAGCGGCCUCAACCGGAUCUGGCGGGGCUAGCUGUUCUGGCCGAAGUGGGGGUGGCGAUCCUCAGCUGCUAAUGAAUGGUGCCGGUAACAACAAUGCUCCCGGGUCGAUUUCCAGUAGCGCAAACACCCCCAAUUCCACCAACUCCUCAUCAACGACGACAACGACUGGGGGUGGUGGCCAUGGUGGGAUCAACAGCAGCGUCGAAAUCAUCGGGAGCACAAACGGUAGCCUAGGAGGAGCAGGAGGACCAACAACGACGACGACGACGACGGCGUCCGCAUCGGGAACCGCUAGUGGAUCCCCCUCGACGACUUCCGGAAUCGCCGGCUCUAGCGCUUCCAUCAUCGAUGAUUGUGGCGCCUCACGUGUGUUCCAGAUUCUCUAUCGAAACGAAGAAGUGUCGCUGCGUGAUGUCAUUAUGUUCCGGGCUCAUUUGCUAGUGGACAGCCGGCAUCUGAAGGAGUCGAUCGAGCGGGCCGAAUUCACCCUGAACCUGGAGCUGUGGUUUGGGGAACAGACAACCGGAAAUGUGCUAUCGCUAGCCUCGACCCAGACGUUGCAGCUCAAUUUCCACCCGGGCCGGGGACUGCACUAUCAUCUUCCGGUUCUGUUCGACUACUUCCAUCUGGCCGCCGUCAGUGUGGGAAUUCACGCCAGCCUCGUGGCCUUACAUCAGCCCUACAUUAAGAAAAGCAUAAUGCACUAUGUACAAAGCUGUGCACCUAAAACCACCAAACCCUGGAUGGGAAGUUCAAAGCUGAACUGCCGCGGGGGCAACUCGCCCGGGCCCCUGGAGGCCAUCUUUUUCGGACCCCAGGUGGGCAGUGGAGCCAAGUGUGGCGGAGGGUCUUCCGGGCGUCUCAUGCAUGCCCGUAACGUCCAUAAGGAAAUCUGUGCCUUGCUGCUGGGAGCCCUCGAGUCGCUGCGGAUGUCCCUGCAGGAGUUUUGUACCGUACUGCCGCACCAGUGGGCCUCCCUGACCGGGUCGACGCCCCUCUCCAACCUGGACACCGAACAAAGACUGAGAAAGAUCACCGAUUCGGCGAAGCUCAUGGACACCGAAGACGACCUGGCUGCCCGAGCAAAUUCGGACAUUGCCCAGCUGUGUGCCGAGUGCAUCCUAUACUGGAGGCGGGUUUUAUCGGCCGCCACGCAGCCUACGGUUCACAGUUUGUUGGCCAAAAAACAUCACACCCUGCGAGUGCGUCGCUUUGCCGAAGGAUUUUUUGUAAUUCAAAACCCCCGUAAUUCUGCUAGUGGGUGUUACGAUUCGAAUUAUCAAAACUAUGUAUCGAUUUGCGAAAUGGCUCGAAAGUCUAGGUAUUUGUCUUCGUUGCCGCCACUUCCGGUUCAUUGUACCCCGCUGGAUGGUGAUGCCAAUACUCUGCCGUUGAUUUUUGAGGAUCGGUAUACGGACUCUGGUGAUUAUGGGAAACGAAGGUCUGGUAGUGAGCCGCAUCUUAAUGGGCAUAGCACUGCAACUUUGACCAAGAUCAAAAGCCAUCAUCAUCCAAACAAAAUAGCCCCAAUAGUAAAUCCAAAAGAGUGUUCCUGUGGAAUUGCUUCUUGCUACGUGGAUCCGGUUCCGAAAAUGUGCAACAACUACAUGGGAAUGAUGACGACUCGAUACGCUUUAGGAGGUGGAAUACUGCAAGCAAGUCUUUCCAUAACUCCUGCUGCAGCAGCUACGCAAAACGGCCUUUGUGCGAAAACGCUUUCUCGGCAUUCCGUGUCAACAUUGGUGGAACCCGAAUGUCAAUGGGAUCAAUUCAAAGCAGUAUAUGCGCCUGGAACUGCGAUUACUGGUGGAACUUUACCUACGCGUCACAGCAAGUCUCUGGAUCAGUUAGAAAUUCAAAACAAUACAUCUUCUCUACCGAGGCAACACGUGCAUAAUGUCAAUUACAAUUAUAAUCAAAAACAAAUCAUUUACCACCAACCGGGCAAUGCAAUCAUUCAAGCUGUUACUACAAAACCAAAGAAGCACCCGGUGCAAGCAGAAGAUUUACUGAAAAAUAUCAAUGAGUUCAAAGAGAAGUACAAAAAUCCAGGAGAUCCUCGCAAAACAUCCAACUCGAACAGUUCAAACAACACCAGCAUCUACGAGAUGAAACCAGCAAGCCAAAUUCCAAACAACGUUCAAACGUUGAACCGUAUGCCUAAACACAUGAACGGAUAUGGUGGCCCCAAUCCGGAUUACAUUCACGAGAUGAAACAUCAGAGCCAAGCAUACUCCAAUCAGGCAUACGAUCAUCAGAUGAAACCUCCGUCGUGCUACUACAAUUCGCUUCCUAAGAAUGCUGGCACCGGUCUAACGAUACCACCGAGAAAUUCCUAUCCACCGAUCCGCAGCAAAAAGCAACAAUCAACUGGCUCCCUUAAUACGACGAAGACGACGACUAACACAAUACCGCGAAGUAACUCUUCGCAGAUGUUGCGAUCUCAAAACGGUACCAGCAAUACUAACAACAAUAAUGUGAACAGUAAUACUCUCCCACAUAGACAGGUUGAGUUUGCCCGUAUCAGGGUUACGGAUUUCAAGCAAAUAGUCAAUAACCAGAGGCGAAACAGUAAAAGUACUAACGGAACGAAUGAUUCGAGUAGCACUGAUAGUCGUGAAGCAACUCCAAAAACAAGAAACAAACAAAGAAGACUCUUAUCGUCGGCGAGCGUUCCGUUCAAGCUUGAAAAUUUGGAGCUUGAACAAUCUGGAGGAAAUACAGGAACUACUGUUUUCAGUGAAAGUCUACCGAAUUUGGCUCCGCCACCAGCUUUUAGCAAUUCUCCACAUCCACAGAUGCGGUUGAGACGAAGGCACAGCAGUAGUGAGUCAACAUCCUCCUUGAGCGAACAGUCUGGGUGGGUGUCCAGCAGAAGAAGCUCCGGGCCUUCGAGUCCGGAUACUGUUAGAAACGAUCAGCGAAUUGUGAAUGGGGAACAGCUACGGAGGAAGUUGCUGAAAUUGCUAAACGAACAGCCACGUUUGAUGGCUAGAAAGGGUAGCCAACAGUCGAACGUCGAAGACGCGUUCUCGAAAAGUAAUCAGAGUUCAUUAAAAUGCAAACCGAACUUGACAAACCACAAAAACUCGCUACAAAUAGAAAACUGGAACAAUUUGGAGAAGGAAUGGAAUGAGCCAAGAUCGAUUCAAAAGCUAUCGGAAGCCAAAAAGAAUACUCAAACAUCUACGAUGGACAAUCGAGGUACGAAGCGAUCCACUAAAAAGGAGAAAUCGAAAUCGGACUUCGAUCUGGCUAACAUAUCAGACUACGUAUUUGAAGAUCUUAGGUUACUUCCACCGCAACAGUUUCGUGAUGCCCCUCCACCUCCAGAUGAGUUUAGGGAUCCACCAUCAUUGAUGGAAGAUAUACCCAAGGAAAAUGUUCCACCAGCUGACCCUGUCGCACCAGCUCCAAAGCAACUUCCACCUCCACAAAAUAUCCCGCAUCCCAAAGAGCCAACACCUCCUCUUAUUCCGCAACAGCAAACUCCCCUAAUUCCUCAACAACAAGCAAUACCAUCGAUGAUCAUACAGCAGCAACAAAUUAUCCCACCCAUUCAGCAAUACCAAAUCUACCCGGUUCAUCAGCAGAUUCUACAACAACCGCAAUACAGUAAACCCAUCCAGUUCCCACUGUCCCAACAACCCAUGAUAAGGAAGCACGAAGUUCAAGCUAUCGACAAUCCUCUUUAUCAUAUCUAUGAAGUGGUCAAAGCUCCUCGAGCCGUUCUAAAAUCCCAAAGCUCCAGUGAGUUGGCCGCCAUUGCCAAGUGCGCCGAAACCCUCAAUAACCCUAACUCAAUCAUGAAUCCUACGCAACACAAUGGCAAUCACGUCGUCCAGAGUCAACCAAUACCCCCUGAACGUAAAUCCUCUGUAAGAGAAAUGGAACGCCUCCAACAGAAACAACAACAACAACAGCUACAGCUGGAAGAAGACCCAAACCGUCGUAUCGACCCUCCGAUGCAGCUUUUGGAGUUCGAAAAGUGCCGUGAAGAGUUCCGCAAGCAAAUCAACUACUCAGGCUCCAUCUAUUCGGACUUUCAGCGACUUGCCUCCGAGAUGCCUUACUUCCACAUCAGCGACGAAUUCCGGGUAUUCUCAGCAGCUGGUCUACAUCUGGUGAUCUGUGUGCACGGACUUGAUGGCAACUCCGCUGAUCUACGACUGGUUCGUACUUAUUUGGAACUGGGACUCCCGGGGGCCCAUCUGGAAUUCCUCAUGUCCGAACGGAACCAGGGAGACACUUUUUCCGAUUUCGAAACCAUGACCGACCGACUAGUGGGCGAAGUACUGUACCACAUCGAAACGUAUCAACUGAAUCCGACCAGAAUUUCAUUCGUUGCUCACUCUCUGGGAACCAUUAUCGUAAGAUCGGCACUGUCACGGCCUCAAAUGCGUCCUCUUUUAUCGAGGUUGCACACUUUUCUUUCACUUUCUGGACCUCACUUGGGAACGUUGUACAACUCGAGUGGACUUGUUAAUAUGGGGAUGUGGUUCAUGCAGAAGUGGAAGAAGAGUGGUUCGCUGUUGCAGCUGUGUCUGCGAGAUUCGGCGGAUCCACGGCAGAGCUUCCUGUUUCGGCUCAGUCAACGGAGUACCCUGCACCACUUCAAGAACGUACUGUUGUGUGGAUCGUCCCAAGAUCGUUACGUACCACCGCACUCCGCCCGGCUGGAGCUCUGCAAGGCAGCGGUACGGGAUCAGUCCAACUUGGGGGUGGUCUAUCGUGAGAUGGUUAACAACAUCAUUUCGCCGAUGUUGGCUCGAUCUGAUCUCACGCUGGCCAGAUACGACGUUCACCAUGCGCUACCCCACACUGCUAACGCCCUAAUAGGCCGGGCCGCCCACAUCGCAGUCCUCGACUCGGAACUUUUCAUCGAAAAAUUCAUGCUGGUGGCCGGCUUAAAGUAUUUCAGCUAGCUGAUUGGACUUCAUUUAGCUGUGCUAAGGACGCUGGAGACUGCAAUGAGAAUUAAUUCUACUACUCUAUAUGUUAGGUCAUCAAGUAGCAUUUACCGCAUAUAAGAACUACUAACACGAGAGUAAUCAAGCAUGUUGUGAAUUUUAUAACUACUUUUAAACAAACCAUUGAACGGUACUGUUUUUAAAAAACGUAACGACUGAUUCGAAGCCUAAGUUACCUUUAAGUUUGAAAAACUUCUCUUAAUAUUAGUAUGUGUUGUAAAAGUGUUUACUAAGUCGAUAAAAUGAUGUAAAGCAAAAAAAAAAGAUAAGACAAAAUUUUAACAAAAUACAAUUGGAACAGGGUAUUAAAAGAUGUAAAAUCUGUCUUAGAGAUGUAUGUUUCGUUUGAAAACAAUCUAAUUGUAUCUGUAUAGGUUAAAUUGUUAGUAUGAAUCUUGAACUCAAUUUUACUGCAGACAAACGAUUAUGGAUGAAUACCUUUUUGAAAACUUCAACAUCUUUCGAUAGAGGAAGUCAACUUUACAAAUAUUUAGUAAAUUUAAAAAAGUUCUUCAGCUGAUUGUUUUCAAGGUUGCCUAAAUUUCAGGACGAUUAACAACAAAUUUAAUAAGUCAAGUUCUUAAAACAUAAAUUGUCUGUAGUAAAAUUGACCUUUCACACUGCCGUUUGUAAUAUUAUGGAUUGUUUCAGCUGUUAUGUAGAAACUUUAUGUUUUGUUGAAUAAUGUUUUUUUUCCUAAAAAAUUUCUUUGUCUGGAUGUGAAACCGUUUAAAUGGUGAUCAAAAACUAAAAUAUCUAAUCUAGUUUUUAAAGAGACUGAUUUAAUUUAAAAUAUUGAGGACAGCUUAAACAAAAAAAACAUAUAAAAUUUAUCUCUAGAAACUACAAAAAGGUCUGGCGAUCGAAGAACAAAAUCACAGAACAACAAUUGGGAAUCAACAAUAUUUAGAAAUGACAGUAGCGGAAAAGAAAUAUUUCUCUUUACACAAACUUUACCAGGAACCGUAGCAAGAAAUAUCAUUUUAAAUGGUAGCAAAUAAUCAAAACAAGAUCAAGACGUAACUUUAAAUAAUCUUAUCAAAACGAUUAAAAAAAAAUUUAACAGUCUUUUCGAUUUUAAAACAUAUUCGGUAAAAUUUCGUUAAACUUUAAGCAGCAUAUACUUUUAGAGUAUUUCAUUAUAAUACCUAGAGAAUUUCAGUGAUAAUAUUAAGAAAGUUUUAGUUAAAUUAAAGUGAGACAACAAAAAUCGGCUUUUAAAACUCUAAUACACAGGCAAAUCAAUGCGAAAAAGAAACUCUGAUUUAACAUAUAAUUCUCAACAUAAGUUAGUAAAAACAACAACAAACCCACUUAAAAUGUUUCAGAGCUCUCAAUAUUCUCUUUAAAAAUGUUUGAAAAUCAGAGUUCCGGUUGUUUUGUUGGUAUUCCAUAAUCGUUUCUUAAUUUUGUAUUUUUUACUGUUUGUUAUUUUAUAUCUAUUCUUUUUUUUCGUUAUACACAUUGUUUUUACUUUUCAUUCCUUUUUUUUGUUCUUUCAUUUUUAUAUCUUUUGUUAACAAUUUAUUUUCAUUCUAGAUUAUUAGUUUCAAACGAGUAUAUCUUUUGACUAUUGUUAAGUUUUGAAGAAGCUUUUUCAGUUUUCAUGUGUUAUGUUGCUUUAUAAUAAUUUGUUUUUUUUUUAAAUAUUUUUGACUUUUAGAAAAAAUAGCAAAAGGCGCAAUAUUUUUAACAUUUUUCGAUGCCGUUUAAAACUUCACCUUUGACGGAUUGGCUUGAUCGCCUUGUAAAUCUUGUUUCCACUCACUGGAAUAUGAUUAUUUUGCAUUAUAAGAUUGUUGACUCUAAAUUUUCAUCCAUCAACACAUUUGAUUUUACCAUUUCAGUUUUAUUUUUUUUUUUUGAUAAUUUUUACCCCUGAAUGUAUGCAACAAUGUGCAUCCAAAUAUAAUUUACAGGCCGUAAGAAAGGCUUCAAUCCACUGUGAAGUGUAUUAAAUCGGCUUUUCUUAUGUCUCCUUCGGUGACAGAAAAAAUGUUAAAAAUAUUUCGAACAAAACUAAAAUUACAGCGAUUUGUGCUUUAUGCCGUAUGACCUAUCUGGCGUCGAAAAUUUGUCUAUUUAUUUUCGUAGAUUAUUAUAAGAUUUAAUAAGAGGAGUAAGCCCAUUUUCCGAAAAACGUGAAAAAGCAUUUUUUUUUAUUGCGUCGAUGCAAUGUCCCAUCAACCUUAAAGUUUUUGGUACAAAAGUUGUUUGAUUAUCUGUUGACACACAUUUUUAGAAACCAUUGAAGUUGAAAAGUGUUGCAUGAUGCCCCAGUUGACGGUAAUGUCUGGAUGAUAUUCAAGAUAUUAUAAGGUUGAUAAAGUUUAAGUUUUUAAUAAGUUUUUUUUUUAUGUUUCCCAAAUUCGUCCGAAAAUAUUGCACUCAUAUCUUUGUUGAAUUAAUUAUCAAAUUAUUCAAAAAUUAAAACUGAUCUCAACAUUCGAUAAAAGUACAGAAUUUAAACUUCGAACCAAAAAAUGCAUUUUCCGCUGCUGUAGUCAAUUAAAAGUUUUUUUUUUUAAAUUUUUACUAAUACAUAAGUUAGAGUGUGAUCUUGGGGUCACGGAUAUACGAAAUACAGUCAAAACACCAAUUUCAUACUGAUACAUAGAAGGAAAGAGAAAAAUGAUCAAAAACGUAGUUUAACUUAUGACAUCAAAAAAUGGAAGGAUAAAUUUACUCGUUUAGCAGAAUCCAUAAGGGAUGCAAAGAAUCAACUAGUCAUGACAGUAAAAGCGAAUCAAAACUUACAUACACAUAUUAAUAAACAAACAGCAAACCAAACACAUAAACAGCAAUGAAAUCAAAUAGAAUCUGUCCACAAAAUCGUUUCGUUAGAUUGAUCGAACCAACGACGAGAUCAUGAUUGAUGAAACAAACGUUGAAAAGUUUAAAAAAAACAUAAUAAAUAUCUCGUUAAGUUGGAAGCAUCACAAAGCAAAAAGAUUGAUCCAUUACCAAAUAACUUAUAAAAUAGACUAGUAAAGUCAGUUAAAAUGAUAGACUAUACAUUACAUUCUCAUACAUUGAUUGAUCAAAGCAUAAAUAAAUAGAUGUUCAAAUAAGAAUACCAAAUAAAGUGUAUUACAUACUCAUAAUCCGGAAUAUUGAAAUCAAAACCGUUGUCGUCUCAUAAAAGAAAACCACUUUACGAUAGAGAA